AUGCAGUAUUUUCUGUUACCCCUAAAUGCACUAUUCCCUGUUAUCCUUAACUCAGUAUUCCCUGUUAUCCUGUACGCAGUACUGGGCAAUUUCGUGCGCGUGAUUCCCACUUCGUGCACGACGGGACUAGGAGGUUUUGCCACCGGAACGUGUCUGAGCAUCAGCGAGUGCGCCAGCUUGGGCGGCACGGCGACCACCACCUGCGCUAUGAACUUCGGCACCUGCUGUGUUCUCCGUCAAAUUUGCUCACAAACGGUCACCUCCAGCACCACCAGCUACUUCACGAACCCUUCCUACCCUAACACGGAUAAUUCAGUGGCAGGCGGUUCUUGCAGCAUCGCCAUCCUGCCUUGCCAGAACAACAUUUGCCAGAUACGAAUAGACUUUAUUGAUGUCAAUCUCAUCAUGCCGGAGAACAGCAACGGCAAAUGCGCCUACGACAAACUGAUCAUUACAGGAAACGGAGCGAACUCUGGCAAAAUACCAACCUUAUGUGGAAAUUUGACCGGACAGCACAUUUACAUCGACGUGGAGCCAACAUGCAGCCCCACCAAUAUCAACGUCCAAGUCUACGCACCCCAACUCGAUGCGAGGAAAUUCAACAUGAAAGUAACACAAAUUCCCUGCUUGUCCCAAGAUCUCGCACCAGCAGGUUGCCUGCAGUACUACAACAGUACGUCUGGCACAAUCAAGUCUUUUAACUACGGGAGCGUAAACGGACUCAUCGAGACACAGAACUACGCGACUUGCAUCGCCUCACAGCCCGGCUUCUGCUCUAUCACGUGGCGGAAAACUGCGGACUCGAGUUUUCAAUUACCCGGCACUUGUGCCCCUACGAGCGAGUGCUGCGUGAAUGCUUACGUGUUAGUGCCUGGAGCCACGUGUCAAGGCCUUGCCUUCUCCAACGCCUGCACAAUCAAGGACCCAAGAUUUUGUGGAAACUCUUUCCCUACAACCGAUACAACUGAGACCGUUUCAUGGCACAAACCAUUCGCUCUGUACGCGCACAUCCCGAAAUCUCUGGGCCAGUUCUACGCGGGAUACAGUCUGGACUAUUCACUUAACAGGUGCACUUAACAGGUGCUCUAAACAGGUGCUCCUAACAGGUGCACCUAACAGCUGCACCUAACAGGUGCUCUUAACAUGCGCACAAAUUAGAUGCUCUCAACAGGUGCACCUAACAGGUGCUCUUAACAGGUGCAAUUAACAGGUGCUUUUAACAGGUGCACCUAUUAGAUGCUAUUAACAGGGCACCUAUUAGAUGCUAUUAACAGGUGCACCUAUUAUAUGCUCUUAACAGAUGCACAUAUUAAUUAGAUGCUCUUAACAGGUCUGCCUAUUAGAUGCUCUCAACAGGUGCACCUAUUAGAUGCUCUUAACAGGUGCACUUCUUAGAUGCUCUCAACAGGUGCACCUAUUAGAUGCUCUCAACAGGUGCACCUAUUAGAUGCUCUAAACAGGUGCACCUAUUAGAUGCCCUAAGCAGGUGCACCUAUUAGAUGCUCUCAACAGGUGCACCUAUUAGAUGCUCUUAACAGGUGCACCAAAUAGAUGCUCUUAACAGGUGCACCUAUUAGAUGCUCUUAACAGGUGCACCUAUUAGAUGCUCUUAACAGGUGCACCUAUUAGAUGCUCUUAACAGGUGCGCCAACAGGUGCAACUAACAGGUUUUAGCUUACGGACAUAUCGGCAAAUUAUUAUGUAUGUUCGAUGUUCAUCGAUGAUCAAUGAUACAGAGAAAAAUUAGGAAGUCAGUAUACUUAAUACGAUCUUUCUUGACAUUUCAUCCUUUUUUUGGUGUGAUGUUCAUUGAGUUAUUUUACUGAAUUUCAAUUUUUUAUAAAAAGCUUAUUUUUCUGAGGAGUAAGGGAGACUUUUUUUUUGCUUGAAGAUAUUUGUUCGAAAAAUCCUGUGGCUAAUACAACUCUUUCAAUAUAAACCUAAUAGGAGUGAUGUUAAAUUGUAAUA